AUGCAGCUGAUCCAGGACCAAUGCAAAGAGACCAAGACAAGUCCCCAUGCUCACUACGCGCUGCUCGACGUGGAGAGACAUCCCGGCAGGCUGGGGAUCCUGCCACAGACUCCAUCGGGGCCCGCCUCGGAUGAUGGCGUCUGGGCGGACCGGGAACAGCAUGAGGAGGAGACAAGGGUCCAGGCGCGAGAGGCGGCGGCUGACGUGGUGACAGUGGAGGAGUUGGCUGAGGAGGAGAUACCGCAGGAGGCUGAGGUUGAGGCUGCGGCAAACUCUCAGCCAGAGGAUGAGGCGCGGAGGGAGGCGCGAGUGCCGCCGGAGGCGGAACUAGCCGCUGCUGGGGAGGCUGUGACUGGAGGAUUCCCCCGGGUGGGCGGUGUUGCUGCCGCUACCGGCGAGAUAGCCGAUCCUGCCGCCGCGGCUACGAUCGGAUCGGGCCAGAGGGCACUGCCUCUGCGUGCGGGCGGCGGCGAGGAGAUGACUGGCGGUAGGGGCGAGCCUGUGUGCGAGGCGAGCGGUAUUGAGGCGGGCACCGACUCCACACGUGGCGCUUGUGGCCGGCGCCGCCCUCAGCCAGAGCCGCGACGGCUCGGAGUAACGCUGGCACCCACCCUCCCUGGGCCCCUUUGGGGAUGGCUCCGGCAAGAGCCGAUGCCACACGAUCCAGCGGAUCCGACGACAUUGGGAGCGGCGGCGGAAGCAGUGCAGGUCGGGGACAUUGCAGCGUCGCAGCGACAAAAGCGCCUACGUAUGACAACAGCGUCAAACACGUCCCCACAUGCAUUACGCGUUGCUCGACGCGGAGAGGAGUCGCAACCACACGAGCAGCGACGCGGGGAGCUGGUGGGACGGGAGGGAAUAGCAGCAUCAGAGGAAUUGGCGGAGGACCAGGAGGCGGGGGGCGAUGCGGCUACGGUCGCGGCGGCAGUGGGAAAUGGCGCAACAGUGACUGAGUCGGAGGCGGUUGAGGUUGUGGUUGCUGCGGGGCCGGAGGGGGUUGCUGCUGAGGCGACUGGGGCGGAGGUUGCUGUUGAGUCUGACGGGCCUGACGCUGCCUUUGGCGGCGGCUCAGCCUCACCCUCUGCCAUCCCCCAGGCGUGGCAGCCGGAGGAGCCGGGACCAGCAGUGGCUCUGGAACGGACCAAGGAGGUGGAGCUGGCGGCGUCACCGGAGCCUGUAACGGCGUCUGUGCUGGUCGCGGCAGUGACAGCGGCGGCAGGGGAACGGGACAGAGCCUGGGCCGAGGAGGAUGCGCCGACUGCCGCUGCGAGCGCCAGAACGUCUGCUGCUACCGAGGGCGCAAGCAAGCAGGGGCACGACCGGGGGGGGAUCGAUAGACGGGGUCACGGACCCGGCGGGACUGCCGGCGCCGCCCGCGGGAAGAUGAAGCUUCGAGCCCAGCCAGCACCGAGGCGGCCCGGAGCAGGGCUGGGACCUGGUCCCCCGGGACCCCUCCUGGGCUGGCUUCUGCAAGGGCAGUUGCCACAAGGGCAAGAGCGUCACUGGCCAUUUGUGGGAACAAGUGGCGGGGACAUGGAGGCAGGGAAUGGUAUCAGACAAGCACCCACAGUGAACACCAACGUGGCAGGGAAUGCAGUGGCAGGUCCAUCAACGCAACAACCACCGCGCCGGGAUUCGCGGAGCUCGACGGAGGGGGGGGGGGGGUAA